CCAACUGUGACCUGGGCUACCUCAAGAGAAGUGGAUGGGGACAGGGAAUGGGACUGGAGAGAUCCAUACAGCUUUUCUCCUUCAUUUUUCCAUCACCUAACUCAGCAGUGAAAUGGACUCGUGAUGUUUCAGAAAGAGGAUCCUAGACGAUAAAGGACAGAAGAAAGGGAAGUGCUCUUCACUUGCAGUCUGGUCCCGGGAGGGUGGGGGUCUCAGGGAAACGAAGACAGACCUGCAGUUCUGAGAGAAUGGGAGAAGUUGGGCGAAUAGUGGUGUUUGUGAUGACUUUCAUCAGCUGCAAUGCCCUUCUGGAUCUGUCUGGUGUCCACCAGGUCAAGGGCACAUGGAUGGGAUCCACCACUUUACCAUGUACCUACAUGCCUUCAGAAGGUUUCACAGAGCAAGCACUCAGUUGGAGUGUGGAGCGGGACUCUAGCACCUCUACCAUCUUUCGGAGGGAUGAUUCUGGUGACCACAUCUUCCUGUCUAACUUCCGAGAUCGAGUCAGCAUCCCAAAGCACAGCCCAGGGAAUGUCUCACUCAUAAUUGAGAAGCUUGAAAUGCCUGACAGUGGACACUACACUUGUAAAGUCAUCUGGAGGUCUACAAAUAACACCUUGAUAACAAGGGAGGUUACCACUAUAGUUAAAAUUGUCAAAGUGGCAGCCACCAAGCCCAUCAUCAGGGCUGGCGAGUUGGGGCUGACAGUCCCGGCCGGAGCCAGCACCAGCCUGACAUGCGAGGCCAGCGGGUCCCCCCCCAUCAGCUACCGCUGGUUCCGCAGCAUCCCGGGCGGCAAAGUCCCACUCCAGAGCAGCGGGGCCGAGCUGGUGUGGGACAACCUGCAGCCCUCUGACAGCGGGAUGUAUUUCUGUGAGGCAGCAAACAGGGCUGGGGCCGGAGUGGCCCAACAGAGCGAUGCUGUGGAGCUGACAGUGACAGCAGAUCUGCUCCCGACAACACUGGUCUCCAGGAUGGAUACUGCUCCGGAAGGGCCUGUCCCAGACACAGGUGGAGCCCCCGCCCCGCUGCUCUACGGGCCGGCGCUGGGCGGGGCCGCGCUGGCCGCGCUCGGGGCGGUGGCGAUGGCGCUGCGCUGGAGGCGGCGCAGGAAGGAGGAUCCUCUCUAUGAAGUUUCUUUCCACAGCACUGCAGGUGUCACGGCGCUGGAGGCUGAGGUGGAAGUCCCUGUUAAGUGUCUUCACAAGGAGACAUGUAAUGCUGAAGCAUCCAAUGAUACUUUCACCGUGAAAGACAGGAAGAGUCCUGAGUAUGAGAACCUUGUGACUGCAAUGGAAUCAGAAUAUGAAACAGAGGGAAUUUAGCAGAGUACUAGCUCUUCUGCAUGAGCAGCCAUGAUACCAGAUAGUGAACUUAACAGGAGGAAACCCUUCCUUCUGUUUGUCUUCUACUUUGAUAAAUGUUUCACUGCUUGCUUUAACCCAGAGGAACUGCAUAAUCUUCUUGGACUUUGGGAAACGAGGCCUUGCCUGCUGGAGCAGAAACUCUCAGCUGAGCAUUUGUCUACUCACUUCUACAGAGUGAGUAAUUUCUGAGCAGCCUGAAGGACUGAGGUCAGGAAGAGAGGAUCUGAGGGACUUGGAACUUGAACGUCUUUAGCCUGCAAAUCCAUGAGUAGCUGGGUGCAAUGCUGGCAGCCAGUAACAUCAGCAAGGGGUACUUUUCAGUGCAUGUUCCUGUUAGGACAUGCCAGGCUGCAAAGAACCAGGGAUUGUGCUGUAAAUGGACAUCUUCUGGCUUUCGUAGUUCAGAAAUACUGGUUUGUCCGUCCUGCUUGUCCAUGAGUCUUUUUUUGUUAGAGCAUAAUAAAGGGACCAAAGAGGGGGAGUUGAUGUCCCAGGAAUGUCCCAGGAAUUUUGCUAUCAGACUGGAGCUCAGUGCACAGAGGGAGAGGGAAUGAGUCUCCAAACUGCCACCAUUGGUUUUCUCCUGGAAAACCAGAACUGAUGUUGAACGAAAUGGUGGCAUUUAGUUUUUACAGUGUGGGGGCCAGAGGCAUAACAAAAUAGAAAUCUGAAGCGUUUGAAUAAUGAUUAAGGGAUCUCUCUAGAUUUAACAGGCUGACACUGAUUUACUCUGUGGGACACAAGUCAGUCUGUGUGAUUAUUACUGCUGACCUAUGUUACAGGGAUGCUGUGGGUGCUUAUGAUUGUAAAAUGCUGCUCCUCCCUUUAGCUGCAGCACAUUCCCUACACUACGUUGUCACUUAGCAGCCUGGUUUACCUCUUCAUUGUUAAUCAUUUGUACCUUGCCUGUACUAAGAUGCUGCUGGCAGAGGUCUGUCCUCCCUGUCUGUCCCUUCAUCCAGCAUCCUUCUGUCCUCCAGGCUUGUCAGGGAGGGGGGAUGCCACCUGUCCUUAACAAAGCAAAUGUAUAAGAA